AUGAGUUCUUUUACAGCAAGAGAGUGUGAUGACAAGUGGAAAAAUGAGAGAGGAGAAGUACCAUUAUCUGGAAUGCAUGGGAAUGAUGUUGGUGGCACAAUUGGAGCUGACAUGGAUGCAUUAACUGGGAAUGACGUGGAUGCAAUAGUUAAGGACGGCGUGGAUAUAUAA